CUAAUUUGGGUCUUAUACGUGGCAGCAGCAGGAAGAAGACUUUCUGAAAAGGCGAUUUCUUCCUAAAAAGAAAGUAUUUUUAAUCACAGUGCGAUGUUUUCGUUAGAUUUUACGAAAACGUAGCUGAGUAAGUCGACAACGAAUUGUUUGUUUUCCGAAACCGACUCGACGAGAUGGCGGGUUGGGCAGGAUUCUCAGAGGAAGAACUUCGGAAAAUUCAGCAGAAAGAUAAUUUUGUUCCUGUCAGUGGCAGAGGCCGAAGGCCACCUCCAGCCAACAGAAAUCGUCAACAGUUGCAGCGUGACAGGGCUCUGCAGCAAAUUAUUCCCAAAGAUGGCGAUUCCAAUAUUCUGCCAGAGCAACAGUUGUUCAAGGAAAAGAGACAACCCUCAUUUAGAGCUGCACCAGCACCGUCUCCUGUGCAAACAAAGGAGGUUCAGAAAAUUGAAUGUCAAAACCAUGAAAUUGAAAGCGUUGGACAUUCCAAAGCACCUGGUUUGCCACUGGAGAAACCCACUGAAAUAUAUUUACCCGGAGAAGAGUUAGACCAGCAGCAAGUGGAAUUGAAGGAAAAAACAAGGCUGGAACUCCUUCAGCAAGAACAACGAUUAAUGGAAGAGAAGAAUAAAAGAAAAAAAGCUCUUCUUGCGAAAGCAAUUGCUGAAAGAUCCAAGCAGACACAGGCAGAAACAGUGAAACUAAAAAGAAUUCAGAAGGAGUUACAAACGCUGGAUGACCUUGUAUCCAAUGACAUUGGUAUUCUUCGCAGUCGUAUAGAGCAAGCAAGCUGGGAAUACUCCCUUGCCAGAAAAAGGUAUGAGAAGGCAGAGGCAGAAUAUGUGACAUCAAAGUUAGAGCUGCACAAGAAGUGUGAUAUAAAAGAACAGCUGACAGAACAUCUUUGUACCAUCAUUCAACAGAAUGAGCUCCGAAAAGCAAAGAAACUUGAGGAACUAAUGAUGCAACUAGAGCUAGAAGCUGAUGAAGAGCGACUGGAGCUAGAGAUUGAGGUGGAAAGACUUUUGAAUGAGCAGGAUGCCAAAUCUAAGAGUAUUGUAGAAACAAAUGAGCAGGUGCAUAGUGAGGAAACCAAAAAGGACACUUUGACAGGUGAACAGGUCAUCGUAGCUACAGACAGCAGUCAAGGAGAAGGAAAUAUCAAUGGUAAAAGCGAGCAGAACACACAAUCCUUAAAAAGCAAUGUACAGCUUCAGGAACAGAUUAUUGUGGGAUGAUUGAUUUUCUUGUGAUAUGCAUGAAAAGGGUGCUGAACUCAUUUCUCCUAUUAUAGUUGCAUUAUUAAUUGUGUACAGUAUUUUAAGAUCAUAGAAUAUAUAACUUGAAAUCAUGUAUUAAAAUUUGUUGAUACAGACUGUCAGGCCAGAGUUUAACUAAAAAAAAUUAUAUAUAUUUCCUUAAGGCGUUUAAACCAUUUUAAAGCUUGAGAAUGCGCUGUUUCAGUUCAUAUUCUAGAUUGUUUUCCUUCCAUUUUUAAAAUGUAUUCAACACUAAGCAUGUUUACCACAACAUGACUUGAUUAGCAGGGUUUUUUAUGGAAAGUGUGUAUCCAUUACAUUUUUUUAUCUACAUUAGAUAGCAGUGAUGAGCAAAAUAUUUGUAUACGGUUUUGUGGAUCUGAACCUAAAUUCACUUCUUAUGCAAUUUUGCAAUUGUGAAACUCACUAGGAGGAGUUGUUUUGGGGUUCUUAAAGGAUUUUAAGAUGAAAAGCAAAUAAUACGGGUCUCCUAAGGUUUGGCAACAACUUGUGCCCUUUCUGGGCCCGUAAAUUAUGUGUCUUUUAAACGUCGGACUUGGUUAAAGCUGCCUCUGCAAUUGCACAAAAGUGUAAUACAGUGAGGCAGUGCCAUUGUAAUCAACAGUGGUUAGGGGGAAAAAAGUUCAACCCUUCCUUAUUUUGCCAACUCUGAAGUGUUUAAAGUGUUUGCUGAUCAAGGCAUCCUACCAGCAGCCCUGCUGUCUCUUGCUGCCUGAUGGGAGUUGUGGCAAGGCUGCAGAUGAGGUGAAAAUACACAGGGAAAAAGGUUCUUAGAAAUGGCAGUUGUUUGAGUUUUGCUCAACAGAAAACACUAUAGUUUAGGUUUUGUAAAGCUAAAUUAAGGUUAACUGCAUAUUCCGUUUAACACCAAAUUUCUGGUUUAUUGCUACUAGACAAAAAAAAUCACAUACCUUUAGAUGUAGAGAAUUGGAUUUUUUUACUUCCUGUUGUAUUCCACAUACAUUUUAUGUAGUAUUUGCACAGUGAGACUGUACUUCAUUACUUAUGCAUUCGUAUUGUACAUGAUGUUACUUGUCCUACUUAAAAUGAACAAGUCUUAUUUUUUAUUUCAGUGGCAUUGAUUACAGUAAAAUUAAUAUUUGUAACUAUAAAACAGUUCAUUUUCAAGUUCUAAUCUAUUUGAGUGCUUCUUUUAAUAAGUACAAACUCUUUCUGAAACAGUAAGUGAAAUAUGUGCUACAUAAUGUUUUCCUAUAUUAAAAUCAGAACUUUUGUGUGUCAUAGGAUCAUCUUUUAUUUGGUGUUUAAUGCCUAAUAUUUAUUUGGUAUUUAUCUGUGUGUUUUUAUUCAUUUUGUAUCCUUUUUAAUGUUGGUGAAGGGCUUUUCCAUGAAAAGGGUUUCAAGUAAAUAAACUAUAUUACUGCU